GGGCCGUCCCGGAGCAUUCCCGGGACCGGGGCCGCCAUGGAGGAGGCGCAGCGGCUGCUGACGGUGUCGGUGUGGAAGCUUUACCGGUGCCGGGUGCGGCGGGGCGGGCUCCGCCUGCACCGGAGCCUGCAGCUCUCGCUGCUCGUUCGUGCCGCCCGACACCGGUACCUGAGCGCCCGAGCCGCCGCCGGGAUCCUCCCGGGACCGGAGAUUACCGGGAAUGCGGUGAACGGAGCGAGCCCGGUACCGGGGAUUACCGGGAAUGCGGUGAACGGAGCGAGCCCGGUACCGGGGAUUACCGGGAAUGCGGGGAACGGAGCGAGCCCGGUACCGGCGAUUACCGGGAAUGCGGGGAACGGAGCGAGCCCGGUACCGGGGAUUACCGGGAAUGCGGUGAACGGAGCGAGCCCCGGAACGGGAGGCGGCCCGAGCGGGGACCCCCGGUGCCCGAACACACCGAGCACGGACCGAGCGAUGAACCGGACCGAGCAGGAACGGGGGAACCCCCUCAGAGACUGCACCGGGGACCACCGGAACGCACCGAGCGGAGCCCCCCGCAGUGAAUGGUACCGGGGAUGCCCCCCGGUAGGACCGAGUGAGGACCCCCCGAGUCCCGCGAACCGGGACCGGGACCCCGCACCGACCGCGGACCCCGCGAACCGGGACCGGGACCCGCUCCUGACCGCGGAGCCCCGUCCCGUCCCGGACCCCGCGAACCGGGACCCCCCUCCCGCCACCCCCGGCCCUCCCCGGUCCCCCGGAGCCCCCCGGGCCGGGCAGAAGCGGCGCAGCAGCGGCUCGGCGGGGCCGGGCCGGGGGCCGGUACCGAGCAAACGGGCGCGGUUGGAGGCGGAGGCGCCGCCGGUGCCACCGGGACCGCCCGGGCGCUGCUCGGGGCCGCCCGCAGCCGCUUUCGGCUUCCUGGUCCGCGCCGUCGGGGCGUGCUGAGCCCUCCGGAGAGCCCCGGGAUGCGGAAAUUAACGGGGAUCCCCCGGGACAUUAACGGACAUUAACGGGGCUCGCCCUCGAACACACGGACAUUAACGGGGAGCCCCCACAACCACAUGGAAUCGGUUCUGGAAGCCCCCGGGACAUUAACGGACAUUAACGGGAAUGCCCUCCGGACACGCGGAUCCGGUUCUGGAAACCCCCGGGACACGGAACUUAACGGGGAUCCCCACGGGACACGGAACCGGUUCUGGAACCCCCCGGACAUUAACGGGAAUCCCCCCGGAACACCCGGAAAUUACCGAGGAUCCCCCAAACUGCUGCGGGCCCCCCCCGGUGGAACGGAACCGGACACGAACGGGCUCUCGGGGCUCCCGGUGGGGCGCUCCCCCCCCACCUCGCUCUUGGGGGGGCUUCAGGCUGGCCCUGCCCCCCCCCCUCAUUAAUUGCGCUUAAUUAUUAUUUUGUUACUCAAUUAAAAAUCAAUUAAA